AUGCUAUAUGAUACAGGUUUGUUCGACUUGUCUGUGUCCGCUGACUAUCUUAGUAAGGAAAUCAUCAAUUGCUUAUCUAUGGCGGAAGAUGGAAUACAUGCUGUGCUGUUUGUUUUAUCCGUGAAGAAUCGGAUUUCACAGGAUGAAGAAUCCACACUUAAUACCUUUCAGCGCAUAUUCGAGAGCAAAAUUCUUGACUAUUUCAUUGUUGUGUUCACCGGUGGGGACGAGUUGGAAGAGGACGAGCAGACGUUGGAUGAUUAUUUGCGUGAAGGCUGCCCUGAAUUUCUGACGCGAGUUCUCAGACUCUGUGGUGGAAGAAAGGUCUUGUUUAAUAACAGGACAACCAAUAAAGACAAGAAGGCUGAUCAACUUAAGCAGCUUUUGGCUCACAUAGCAGAUGUUGAAAGGCAAACUGGUGGGAAACCAUAUACGGACAAUAUGCACCGUAAAAUAAAGGAAGAAAAUGAUAAGCUCAGGGAAAUAGAAAGGGAGGCUGAAUAUAAAAAUCUUGCAGAGGCAGAUAUAGCAGCGAUGAAGGAGAAGUCACGAAUGGAGUAUCAGGACACCAUGAAAAUGAUGGAACAGAUGUUGGAGACUGCCCUAAAACGGAGUUCAGAAGCACAUGAAAGAGAGAUGCGCUACCUGAAAGACACACUUCAGCAGGGCCAGCAGCUCCUGCUUCCACCUCCCCGACUGGGUCGACUGGAAUGCAGCAUUAUGUGACUGAUGGGCAAAUGUAAACAAAAUAUCGAUCACAAAGGUUUGGUGAUCCAGCAAAGUGUUAUCAUCAUUUGGUUUAAAGUGUUAUGAGUCUUACAUUUUUUUUUCUGUUAUGUUGAUUUAUUUUCAAUACAAUAUAUCGUUUUCGAUAGACUUUUCAAGUCUAGCAUGUUAUCUUCUCCUACGUCACUUGUGACAUAGGAUUUUAAGCUAUUGCUUUUCUUUGUUUCGAGUUUUUGGCAGCUUAUUAAUGACACGAG